AAAAUUGUAUCCUAAUAAUAUAGUCGUACAUGCACAGUCAGAAAAAACUAAAUACAUACCAUCCAUUACAUAAAAAAAUCCCCCAUCCUUGAAUAAGUCUGUAGCUAACAAACUGCGUGAUAUGUGACAGACAACUAUACGAGAUAUAUGUUAUUUUAACAUCUUUAGCAACCUGACUGUAAUUGAUGAGGUUGUUAUUUUCAUUUCAUUGUGCAUUUAACACUGAUCCCCAUUAUACUUGCAAACGAUUCUCCCCCAGCGUAAUAAAUACAGUUACGAUUACAUAUGAUUGUUGCAUUAUAAACAAUCAUCUGUUGAGCUCUUUUCCCAUGGGUUUUAGUGUCUAACUGGUGAUGAUAAAUUGGACUAAUUUAACAAUAAAUAAAUCAUUUAACGCAAGGAUCCAUAAAUUACACAUAGUUGUUACAAAUAUUUCUAUUUGAGCAUGAACAUUUGGAAAAAACGAAAGCAUGCACGCAUGUAUAGUUUUCGUUACACGAACAACAGUGUUAUCGGUGUUUGAGAGAAUAAGCAACACAAUGAAGCAGCCAAAUAAAAUAUUGUGAGAAAUUAGUUUGGUGGUUUACUUACUCAUGUCUAAGUUUAUACGUAUGCAUCUUUGCGUCGUAUAAUCGUCAUCAGUUUUGUAUUUUGUUAAUGUUAAGUGAGCAGCGUACAGGAUUUGGGCCAGAAUAUUUUUAUGCACACAGAUACACAUCUCAAUACUGCACAAAGUUGUAAAAUUAAGAAUGGCUAAAGAAGUAACUUCAAUUACGAUAAACUAUCGUGACAUUAUCAGAGUACUACGAAUCAUUACAUUAGUUUUGCUCUUGCUGACUGCUGGAAUAGUGUCCUUUGUUCUUGUAUAUUAUGGAAUAUUUUCUUUAGGGGGCUAUAUCGGAUGUCUGCUGUUGCUCAUUUUACUAACAUAUCUAGUUUUACCAGUUAUUUUUUGUUUUUGUCCUCAUCUUCACCAGUCCAUGGUUUUCCAACCGCAUGUGGAUGCUGCUGGAAUUGACUUUGAGAAACCUCAAGACUUGAGAGGGGUCCGUAAUUUUAAGAUAUCGGACGGUACAAUAGGUGUAUGGCAUAUUCUACCCUCCAGCUUAUCCGACAAGUCUGAAAACCAAGAAGCGUCUUUUUGGCAAGAUGCAGUGAGAGCAAAGGGACACAACGGGGUAAUAGUUUACUUUCACGGCGUUACAGGCACUAGAGGAAAAUGGCACCGAAAGGAACUUUACAAAGUCUUACAAGACAAGGAGCACCAUAUCAUUAGCUGUGAUUAUCGUGGAUUUGGAGACUCGACCAAGGUGAAAAGAAUAACGGAAAGUGGCGUCGUCGAUGACGCUCUCGCAGUUUAUCAAUUCGUUCGGCAAGAAUUGCUGGGAGGAGAUACGCGAAUUCCUGUAUUCAUUUGGGGUCACUCACUGGGUGCUGGAAUUUCAUCACACGCAGUAGCAAAAUUAUCGGAUCUCAUUACUCUUCCAUGUCCAAAUGGACUAGUGUUGGAAUCGCCAUUCGACAACUUUGGUGAAGAACUUAGAAACCAUGCUAAAUUAAAGAUUUGGAGGCUUCUUCCAUUCUUUGAUCGUUUAUUUGUCAACCCAUUGAGAAAAAGUGAUAUAGCAUUCCAAAAUGAUCACCACAUUUCUAAAAUUUCGGUCCCAAUUAUGAUAAUGCAUGCAAAAGAUGACAACGUUGUUCCCAGUCAUUUAGGAAAGCGGUUGUUUGAAGCAGGACGAUACCGACCCAAUGAUUUCAAUCCAUUAUAUUUUGUUCACAUGAAGGCUGGCAAACAUAAUGAAAUGUACAAACUGAAUGCAGAGUUUGGGAAGAUUAUUACUUUAUUUACCGAUGCAUGCAUGCAUGCAUGCAUUCCGAUAACCAACCUGAACUUGAACAGAAAUUCUUGUUGGCAUCAUGAUUGCUCGGUUGAUGCUGAAAUUGUGUGCAGUCACUGCUAGUAAUUUUUUGUCACCUUCUCCGUCUCAGAAAAUUGAGUAUCGCAUAACGCAAAAUAUUCCAAGAAUUUGUCAGCAUUGUUAAUCGUCUAUUUUUGUAAUAUGUGCGGCACAUAAUGCGCCAUAAUUUUAACCCUAAAUACAAAUAUACCUACUUAAGAAUACUUAAGUACUGAAGGAUAUUUAAAAUGAAUAAAGUAUGAACUACA